CCUGGACAUACCCGGUCCUCUGCGCAGUGAGGAGAAGCAGCCUCCCAGCCAACUUUUGCUGCUGUUUGAUGCACUUUCCCCCCCUCCCCUCUCUCUCCUUUCCUCCUCUAUCCAAACCUUCCAGAGCUACGCUGAGCCACAAGCAUGAACACAAAGUCCAGAUUAUAAAGGAGAGUAGAUAGACUUUAAAUGGACCCUUCUGCUGGAAGUCCAAUACUCCUCUAAAAAAAAACUUUUUUUUUUUUCUUGUAGUUUUUUGCGGGUGUCCCCACGGGCUGAGGGGGGAGAACUCACACUGCAGAUCCAGCAGAGGAUGGCAGAAUUCAAAAAGGAGAUGAGAAGAGCAUAGUGGAGGAAGUUUGUGUGCGGAACUUUAAAAAGGAAAAAAAAAAAAAAGGAGAAGAAGAAGGGCUGGAGAAGACUUUUGAGCCGAGCUUCACUUUGCACACUCGGACCGGAGCUGACAGUGAGGAUGGGCAUGGUAAAUCUCUUCCCCACACUCCUCUCUCUCACCUCUCAGGGAGCAGGAACGCAGAUGGGUCAGUCAGGACAGGCGUCCGACACAGAGCCUCUGAUUUCUCGACUUCCACCCGAGACCGAUGGAGGACGGCGUUUUCCCCUGAGCUGCUGACAUGCAUUCAGAGGCCUGUGAGAUGUGGACUGGCUCGCCUUCGAGGGAAAUCUGAAACCUUGAAUGAGCCGCGGGACACAGGCAGGAGCGUUUCAGUGAAGAAGAGAAACCAUGGACCUGUUACGGCGCGGCGCCAGACAGACUUUGCACUUCUAACCCGACUGUAGCGCCUUCUAGCCGCACCCCAUGUCACAGCCUUUCCCGAAUUAUGGAAAUUUUGUGGAAGACGCUGACUUGGACACUGAGCCUAGUGGUGAUGGCAGCUUCGGAAUUUCAAAGACUUUCGCACAGCUCUCAAGAGGAGUUCCUGUCUUACCUGCAGCACUACCAGCUGACCGUCCCGGUGCGGGUGGACGAGAACGGGAACUUCCUGAGCUACACCGUGAAGCACCAGCGGCCGGGCCGGCGGAGACGCGCACUGGCCGACCCCGCCGCCGACCCACCGGGCUCCCGGAUCUUCUACAGGCUGUCGGCGUACGGGAAGCACUUCCACCUGAACCUGACGCUUAACAACAACCUGGUGUCGAAGCAUUUCACGGUGGAGUACUGGGGCAAAGAGGGGCCCGAGUGGCGUCACAACGUGCUGGACCGCUGCCACUACGUGGGCUCCCUGCGAAGCCAGCACAGCACGACCCGAGUGGCGCUAAGCAACUGCAAGGGCUUGCACGGCGUCAUAACAACAGAGGAAGAUCAGUAUUUAAUAGAGCCUUUAAAGAACACGUCCUCCGCCGCCUCCAGUGAGUGGAACCUGGACGGAGCGCAGCAACAUGUUAUUUAUAAAACGUCUGCCAUCCCCUCGCCGCAAGAGCAAAGCCAGGAGUUCAGCUGUGGCAUUUCAGACCUCACUAAAAGCAACGCACCUUGCCAGUUUAGCACGUCCUCCCCUGCCCACCUGUCCCCUGUCCCUCAAAACGCCAGCCAGCAGCCGGCUGGCGCUCACAGGCGGCGGAGGUCUGUCAGCUCCGAGCGCUUCGUGGAGACGCUCGUGGUCGCCGACAAGAUGAUGGUCGGCUACCAUGGACGCAAAGACAUAGAGCACUACAUCCUGUCUGUGAUGAAUAUUGUUGCCAAACUGUACCGUGAUUUCAGCCUGGGAAAUGUUGUGAACAUUAUUGUGACCCGUCUAAUUGUUCUCACGGAGGACCAGCCAAACCUGGAAAUUAAUCAUCAUGCUGACAAGUCUCUGGACAGUUUCUGUAAGUGGCAAAGAUCCAUCCUGUCUCAUCACAGCAGCGGGAACAGCAUUCCCGAGAACGGAAUGGCUCAUCACGACAACGCCGUCCUAAUCACCCGAUAUGACAUCUGCACCUACAAGAACAAACCCUGCGGGACUUUAGGCUUGGCCUCUGUGGCUGGAAUGUGUGAGCCGGAGAGAAGCUGCAGCAUCAAUGAAGACAUCGGCCUUGGCUCGGCUUUCACCAUCGCACACGAGAUCGGCCACAACUUCGGAAUGAACCACGACGGCAUCGGCAACUCCUGCGGCACCAAGGGCCACGAGACGGCCAAGCUGAUGGCCGCCCACAUAACGGCCAACACCAACCCGUUCUCCUGGUCCGCCUGCAGCAAAGACUACAUCACCAGCUUUCUCGACUCAGGUCGGGGAACGUGUCUGGACAACGAGCCUCCAAAACGAGAUUUCCUGUAUCCGACGGUGGCCCCGGGGCAGGUGUACGACGCUGACGAGCAGUGUCGCUUCCAGUACGGAGCCUCCUCGCGUCAGUGCAAGUAUGGGGAAGUGUGUAGAGAGCUCUGGUGCCUUAGCAAAAGCAACCGCUGUGUAACUAACAGUAUCCCGGCUGCAGAGGGGACUCUGUGCCAGACUGGCAGCAUAGAGAAAGGGUGGUGUUACCAGGGAGAGUGCGUCGCGUUCGGCUCCCAGCCCGAGAGCGUGGACGGCGGCUGGGGGCCGUGGUCCUUGUGGGGAGAGUGCAGCCGGACCUGCGGAGGCGGCGUUUCUUCCUCCAUGAGGCACUGUGACAGCCCAGCCCCAUCUGGAGGAGGCAAGUACUGUCUUGGAGAGAGAAAACGAUACAGAUCCUGUAACAUCGACGCAUGCCCAGCUGGAUCUCAGGAUUUCAGGGAGAAGCAGUGUGGUGAUUUUGACAACAUGCCUUUCCGUGGGAAGUAUUACAACUGGAAGCCUUACACUGGGGGUGGCGUGAAGCCCUGCGCACUCAACUGCCUGGCGGAGGGCUAUAACUUCUACACGGAGCGCUCCCCUGCUGUCGUCGACGGCACCCGAUGUCAGGCUGACUCUCUGGACAUCUGCAUCAACGGGGAGUGUAAGCAUGUGGGCUGCGACAACAUCCUGGACUCGGUCGCAAGAGAAGACCGGUGCCGUGUGUGCGGAGGGGACAGCAGCACCUGCGAGGCCACCGAGGGGCUCUUCAACGACUCUCUGCCCAGAGGAGGCUACAUGGAGGUGGUUCAGAUCCCAAAAGGUUCGGUUCACAUCGAGAUCAGAGAAGUCGCCGUGUCAAAGAACUACAUAGCUCUAAAAUCCGAAGAGGACGAUUACUACAUCAACGGAGCUUGGACCAUCGACUGGCCCAGGAAGUUUGACAUUGCCGGGACGGCCUUCCACUACAGGAGACCCACCGACGAACCCGAGUCUCUGGAGGCGCUGGGACCCACCACCGAAAACCUCUCCGUUAUGGUUCUCCUUCAAGAAGAGAACCUGGGGAUACACUACAGGUUCAACAUUCCCAUCCAGCGGACAGGAAGCGGGGACAACGAGGUGGGCUUCUCCUGGCACCACCCGCCCUGGUCCGAGUGCUCAGCUACCUGCGCCGGCGGCUCCCAGAAGCAGGAGGUGGUGUGUAAGAGGCUCGACGACAACUCGGUGGUGCAGAACAGCUACUGUGAGCCGGACAGCAAACCGCCAGAGAACCUGAGAGACUGCAACCCUGAGCCAUGUCCUCCAGAGUGGUUUAUCGGCGAGUGGUCAGAGUGCGGAAAGACGUGUGACGGUGGGACUCGGACCAGGACCGUCCUGUGUAUCAGGAGGACUGGCCCCACUGAGGAGGAGACGCUGGAAGACGCCUUCUGCCUGACUCAUCGACCCAUCGAAAGAGAGUCCUGCAACAACCAGUCCUGCCCGCCGAAGUGGGUAACUCUGGAAUGGUCAGAGUGCACGCCAAAGUGUGGCCCCGGCUUCAAGCACCGCAUCGCCCUGUGCAAGAGCAGCGACCUGACCAAAACCUUCCCGCCCACCACCUGCCUGAGCCACAACAAGCCUCCGGUCCGAAUGCGCUGCAGCUCGGGGCGCUGCCCUCCACCUCGCUGGAUCCCUGGGGACUGGGGGCAGUGUUCAGCUCAGUGCGGCCUGGGUCAGCAGAUGAGAACGGUCACCUGCCUGUCCUACACCGGACAGAUGUCCAAUGAGUGUCCAGAUUCCCUCCGGCCCGCCACCAUGCAGCAGUGUGAGAGCAAGUGCGACGCCAUCCCAAACUCUAACAGCGACGAAUGCAAAGAUGUAAACAAAGUUGCUUACUGCCCGCUGGUGCUGAAGUUCAAGUUUUGCAGCCGAGGCUACUUCAGACAGAUGUGCUGCAAGACCUGCCAGGGGCACUGACCCUGGCACAAAAGCAACGCGUAGUGAUAAAGAACGACAUGGAUACAGAGGCAAAGAAGAUGGAGGGAUAAAGCACUGAGCAGGAGGAAAAGUGAAAAAAAAUAGGAGCGAUGAUAAAACUCCUCAGUUCUCGAGUGUGGGAAGAAGAAGAGACCAAAGCUACAGCCCGAAGAAAGGCCUUCCCUGUUUGUCGGAGCCCUUCUUCCUGGUGGAAACCAAACCACUGCUUGGCCCAUAGCGCUGAAAGAAACUCUUCUCUUUUUUUUUGUAUUUUUUGCUUCUGUGAAGUGGAAUUUAGAAGAUCAACUGUGGGAUGAUAUUAUUUUUAUUAUAAUAAUAAUCAAUGAUAUCAUCGUGGGUCUUCCUGUGUGUUUUGUUGUGGUGUAAAUCCAAAGGGUUGGACGCAUCGCUCCACACGCGACGUACCCACGAGACGAACACAGAAUGAGGGGAGCUGCUCCGAUGGAUUCCCGCCUUUGAGAAGGUGCUGGGUUGACGUUUGGCUUUGGUGCACUUUUUCCAUGUAAAUACUCCAACUUACAGCUCAGACAUAGUUGAGAACCCGUGUGUACUGUAUAUUUAUUGUACAACUCCAAACAGAGCGUCCUCGGAUGUCUCUGUCAAACAGUAGCCUACUGCCAUGGAAGGGAAUGUAAUGUGAUUGAGUUUAUAAUCAAUAACGUUGUGUGCUGGAAUGGAAUUAUACUGUAACCCAUGUUAGAAUUGUGUAUACUGUACGGAUUUGUGUAUUAUAAAUGAUAUUAAUCUAAAACCAGAAGCUAACACAUGGUUAUAGGAGUAUCCAUUGCUUCUCGCCCAGACCGGUGCAUCAGCGUCACUCAGUAGGGCAGAAUUUCACAUUAACCCCAGAUAGACUGUCUGAUGUUGCCUGGACCACAUGAAACAUUACCAACAAGAGGCCUUUACUCAACUUCUAUUCAAUCAGAGCACAGCUCACGAGUGAGGGAUUCAUUUUGAGGACGCGUUUGAAGCACCUUUUUCAUUUGAGUAACAGUAUGGAUAUUAUUCUCUUACUCUACAAAGUGGUACAGUUUCUCAGUAAAAGCUGGGAGGAAAUUGGGCAACAUUUUUGUAAAAGGUCACAUUAUUCUUCCAAUUGAGUCAUUAAAAACAGAAUAAGACAGAAAAAGCCAGAUCUAGAGAAGGUUUGGCUUUGAAAAUUAAAUGCCAGCUUUGUUGCAUCUUGCAGUUGUGGACAUCAACACCUCUAGAUCUCAGUGAACAAAGAGGAAUGUCAGAUGCAUCACCGAUGCUCAAUUGGAUGUGGCAUCAUCAAGAGUUCCUACUGUUACAUUUGUUUGGACGGUGUGGGACCAGACGGUUCUGGGAACUACCCAUGGGUCACCGGUUAAUGAAAUUGUGGUUUGGGACGUUCUUGAUGAUUCUGAAAUAGGACCAUAAGAAGUUGAGUGAAUGGCAGUGGUCCUCACAUUUUGCAAUGUCUUCCCAACAUCACCGAACACUUUAAGGACUUUGGAGGUUAUUGGAACUGGGAAGGUCUCUGUUGAGGAGCAUUGGUUCAACUUUUUCUGAGUUUAUUUUUGUUGUACUUCAUUCCAGGGUAAUCUUUGUAAACUCAACCCAUUCCUGAAUCUUUAGGGUGUUAGACCAUUUGAUGCACAGUGAAUCCCUUUUGACCAGAUCAUAUGCACCUCAAUCACAGAAAGCUCCCAUUCUGCUUGAAAGUUCUCUGAACUUAGUACCAAAAGAUUCAGAUAAGAUACAGCCACUCCAAAUAAUUUGCUGUGCAAAUGCAGAAAUAACAGGAAACCUCUUUCAAAAGUCUGAAAAACAGGUAAAGUCCUUGGCAAAUUGGAUAAUUCUAGGUACAAUAAAAAAGUUCAUUAGAUUUUGAGACUUCGUCAGCAUCCAGUUGAUUACUGGAGCUUGUCUUUUCGUGUUGUGGAAUCCGAGCCUUCCUGUGUCUUGAUGUGUCCAGCUGCAUUGAUCUUUAGGUAAUAUAACAAUGUUAACCUUCAAAUUAACAAAGAUCAAAACCCAUCACAGCUGCUUUACUGGGGCACCACUCCAUAUUAGGUUCCAGUUUCCACAGUGAAAUUUAGAGGUGAUUGGCUCAGCCUAAUUUUAAUAUUUAUUAAGACCAAAUAUUACACAAAGUGAAAAUUAUCUCAUAAUGAUGAGCCAUUUUUCAACAAGGUUCUGUUAAAAUAUUAAAAUUCCAGUUGCAGAGGAACUGCAACUGGAAUUGCAUGACUUUGUUUGGCAUGAAUUCACAUUAGCAGACCCAGAGGCUAACGCUAAGACUGUCUGAGAGGGAACUGAAAGACUGGAGCUAAUUUUUCCCUCCUUAUAUCAACUGUCUCAAAAAAUGUCACAGAACUUCAGGUGAACAUUUAAGCUCUUAAUAAUUUUCCAUUUCACGGCUAAUUAUUGGAAAGCUAACGUUUAUCUAAGUGGGAAAAUUAAGGAAGAGGUUGCGCACCACCCAUAAUCUUCCUGCGUGAAACACAGUUCCUCUUAAAGUAAUCAUAUGAUAAAGUGGUGUAAAAGGCAAGAAUAUUCACUAGGUUUCAGUGAACACCAAUGAUUUUUACUCAUUGUGUCAGCCCCUCUUAGCUUAGCUUAGGGCUAGCCUUUCAAUACAUCUGGUAAGAUACAACAGAACUUAGCUUAAUUUUUUUGAACAAUUGCUUUAAGUGUCUCCCUCUUUUCCUCGUCUUUGUCAGAAAGAGAAAAAUACAUUUCCAUUUUUUUCCCUCAGUUUUUACUGGUGUUUUUUUUUUUUUAAAAGCUUUUUCCUCUUUUCCUCCUCCUAGCCUCCAAGACUUGGAGCCUUCCCAGGCUUCUGGUGCUAUCAACAGGUGCUUCCAUUCAAACCCCUCUCCAGUGUGCUUAAAAGUUAAAGUUUGAGCCAAAAAAGACAAGUUGAUAUACUUGUUAAUAUCUCUGCUGGUAAAUGCUGGUCAUGUUUUAUUUUUUCUGUUUUCUUUUUACUUGUUUAUACCUCACACUGGGAACUUUUGCUGUUCAGAAAGGGUAACGCUGUUCGUCCAAUUGACCAAAAUGGACGCUUGCCCGGAUGUAACAGAUCUUCUCUAUCCAAGUGACAUUUCUGCCGGGUGUGAAAGGGAACUCCUCUGAAACGUUACGUGGCGGUACGGAGGGGACAAAUCUGAGCGCCAACACAGGAAGUGCAUGAAGACGUCUCUGAGGCUGUUAACGACGAUAUUCUGAUUUUUGCUGCUGCUACUUUUUUAAAAAAAAUAUUUUUUUUGGUAGCCACCUUCCAUGUGACGAUGUCGAACAGUUUUUUAUUAGCCGCAGAAGCCUCAGCGAGGACGCUGAGAAGCAUUUUCUGCACGGACUGACCCAGCUGUGGGGGAAAGCAGCCAUCACAGACCGAAGAUUUGAACUCAGUCUAGCUGGUACUCAUUGCUGUGAACCUGGAUGUCUGAAUGUCACGUUGCUCGUGUCUGUACCUGAAAUCGCGAGAGAAAUGAUAAGCGUCAUGUGAUUAAUUGCAUUUAUUUUAUAUUCAGUAUUAAUGUUGGUAAACUGUUACUAUUUUUUUUUCUUUUCGGAUGUUAAUAAUGUGCUAAUUUAUUGCUGUGUCUCACAUGUACAUUUAUUUCACUGCAUGCAAACUGAAAUUAAGCAUAGUGAAAGAAGUGCAGUGGUGCAGCUCUUCGCCAUUUUUUAAAAGGGUAGAAACAAUAAAGAGCUUUUACUGAGGGGCAUUUGUGAGUAGAUUUUCA